AUGUCUUCGCGCCAACCAGACAACUGGCGUCAAGGAGACUCCCACUGGGGGAUCCUCGAUAUGCUCAGGUCCUGCUUAUCCCUUGAUGACACUGGCGAAGAGGAUGACUUUGACGACGACCUUUCUUCUGAUAAUGAAUCUCUCCCUGGGGCUCAGGUUGAGCAUGCUGGCUACCACGCCCACCGAAUGGAAGAAUUGUACCUAUUCGCUCUUGGAAACCUGGCCCUCCGUGAACCAAUUAUCGAUUCUCAAAACGAACGGAACGACUCCGCGCUACUAUCGCCAAUCUUGCCUACUCCCGUUGCGUCGGAACAAGAGGGACGGGAGGCCUCCAAGAACCCUCCCCACCACACUUUGGAGUCGGAAGCAAGUCUUGCUUGUUCGGCAUCCGGGUAUGGCCCUAUAGAUUUAACAUCAGGAUCUGUCUCUACUCUUGAUCUCUCCAAGUGUGAGGUGGGAGUAGGAGGGGAUUUUGAAUCGGAGACGGACAACUCUGAAUGCGGUGACAGGGAGUCAGGGCCAGCACCUCCUGUCCUCUCUUCUGCCUACCCCUCAGACCCUGGCAACGGCCCGGAAGGCGAGGGUGAAGAUGACGGCAAUGACGACGGGGACGACGAUCUGGGGCUGACACAAUAUUUAAGCCAGUCGGGCCCCUCCUCUGGAGCUGAAUCGACUGAGAAAACAAUUCACUGCAUAUACCACGAUGAUGACGGUGAUGACGGUCCUGCGGGGCCUCCAACCCCACCGCUCAGGUUUGCCACUCCCUCGGAAUACCCACAGUUCGACGAAGACGAAGAAGCCGAUAGCCAAGUCAAUAGCAAGCUUGAAGUGGAGCACUCGCAGCUUCCCAAACAAUCCACUCGUCCAGACCUGCAUACAGAAGAGGUCUCCUAUAACAGCACUUUCCCCAGUCACUCCAAUGCAGGCUCUAGAGCGACGGGCCUAACCACCCCCCACCCCGGAUAUGAUGAAUACGAUGCCAGUGGCGAGGAAAAUGACGAAAAGGACAGAGAUGAGACAGACAACGCGUACCGGGGGCUGGCGGUCCCGGGGAAAGAGUCCCGGGAAAAUCCCGUCGCCCACCUCCUCCGCCAACGCCAUGUCAUCAGGUCACGACCUUCCAUGUCCCCUCCAGCACAUGAGAGCAGCCUGGGGGAACUCCACAGAGCUUCCCCACCCUCCACAAUUGACCCUCCAGCGGGAACCCAACCUUUGGGUGUCAUUACCCCUAGUAACGAACAGUUUCCAAUGAUCAAACGUGUAUUUGGCACUGUAAAGAGCACUUGCCGAUUCUUUACCGCGGUACGUUUUCCUCAUCUACAGAAGUGAACAUGCUCGGGGGCACUGACAAAAGAAAAUUCAGGAUCAUUUCGACUCCACACAUGAAUCACGACAAGGUGGGCCCGCAGAAAACGCGGCGAACGUUAGAGAGAAGAGAAUUGCUCCCCAGGUAGAGUUUCUAGCUCGCGAUUUUCCAGCUCGUGUCUUUAGGGUAACUCCUUCCUUCUUUCCUUUCACACACGCUCACACAGUCUCCCCAGGGGGUCAAGCCCCAUGUUUUCCGAUUUCUAUGGGAGCACCCGAGCACUGAGACAAACGUAUUAACGAGCUUGAAAACAAAAGGGCCUCCUACAUGACGUCCGAAAGGAAGAAAACUCCAAGGACUGUCCGUUCGGUGAUUCUCCCAAUGAAGCGGAUGAGAAAGCUGACCAGGGCGAUGAUGAAGAUGAUGAUGGAGGCGAACAUAAAGCCCAGGAUGGGGGUUGGAUCAUCAUUGGUAAGGAGAGGAAGAAGAACGUUUAGACCACCCUAUUCGAUGGUCUGCGGAGUCCAACAAGAUUGCGAGUAUGAUACAUUACCACUACCAUCACCAUGGCGUCCUUCACUCUUCCUAGGAGAUUAUCAUCAAUGACACUUUCCCCGAUAAGAAUUCAGGUGCAUUCUAAAUUCCGGCUAUCUUGUCGCCCCCGGCACACCAUCCCCUUCUAUAUAUAUAGGGUACGGCGAUUCCUGCUGCACGGGAAUUUACCGUAUAUGAGUUAUCUUUCGCGCAAGGGAAAACCGAAAACAAAAAUCACAAAAAAAGAAAUUUUUUCUCUUUUUCUCUUUUUUUCCUUUUAUUUUCUUUCUCUCACGCACUCUCCCCUCAAUAUUGUUAUUGCGAUUCAUUCUGUGAUGAAAUUUUUUUUGUUGCUUGGUUAUGAAAGUGUGAGUUGGUAGCUUUGCACAGCAAAAUACUCCUGGAUGCGUUUGGUUGCCUAAAAAUUUAUGAUGACUUAUGAUAACUUUGUGUAUGACGAGCUGCUGUACUAGUACAUUACUCGAGUAAACCACGCUCCAUCCCUUCU